UUGUUCGGCUCCGCGGGCCGCUUCAGCCCCCGGGCAGGGCAGGGAUCAGGCAGGACUCGGGCAGGAUCCCCCGGUGACCCCCUGGCAAAGCCGAUGUCCGCCGCGCCCGUCCGAUCCCCGACGCUGCGGCCCCACAGGAUGAAGAAAGACGAGUCGUUCCUGGGCAAGCUAGGCGGGACCCUGGCGAGGAAGAAGAAAGCCAAGGAGGUGAGUGACCUCCAAGAAGAAGGUAAAAAUGCUAUCAAUGCACCAAUGAACCCAAGCACCGUGGACAUCCAUCCAGAAGACACGCUGUUAGAGGAGAAUGAGGAACGCACUAUGAUUGAUCCUAACUCAAAAGAAGACCCCAAGUUCAAAGAACUGAUCAAGGUUCUAAUUGACUGGAUUAAUGAUGUGCUGGUGGAGGAGAGAAUCAUUGUCAAACAGCUUGAAGAGGACCUUUAUGAUGGGCAGGUGCUGCAAAAGCUGCUAGAAAAAUUGGCUGACCGUAAACUGAACGUGGCAGAAGUGACGCAAUCUGAAAUUGGUCAGAAACAAAAGUUGCAGACAGUCCUGGAAGCUGUCCAUGAUUUACUCCGACCCCAUGGCUGGACAAUCAAGUGGAACGUUGACUCAAUCCAUGGCAAGAAUCUGAUUUCCAUUCUUCACCUUCUGGUAGCUUUGGCAAUGCAUUUCCGGGCUCCCAUUCGACUGCCUGAACAUGUGUCUGUACAAGUGGUAGUUGUACGGAAACGCGAAGGCCUCCUUCAGACCACUCAUGUUACAGAGGAGCUGACGACUACGACAGAGAUGAUGAUGGGAAGAUUUGAGCGUGAUGCCUUUGACACACUUUUUGAUCAUGCACCAGACAAACUCAGCGUAGUCAAAAAGUCUCUGAUCACCUUUGUGAACAAACACUUGAAUAAACUGAAUUUGGAAGUGACGGAGUUAGAAACCCAGUUUGCAGAUGGUGUUUACUUGGUUUUGCUCAUGGGUCUCCUUGAAGACUAUUUUGUUCCACUUCAUAACUUCUACUUAACACCUGAAAGUUUUGAUCAAAAGGUCCAUAAUGUUUCCUUUGCUUUUGAGCUGAUGCAGGAUGGAGGACUGAAGAAACCAAAAGCUCGCCCUGAAGAUGUUGUCAACUUGGAUCUGAAGUCUACCCUCAGGGUUCUAUACAACCUGUUCACAAAGUACAAGAACGUUGAAUGAUCCUGGAAGCUGCUGAGGUCUUCAUCCUUCCAACCUCCUUAGGCAGAAAUUACAAUAAACACACCCUCUGCACGCUCCCGUUGUGCCUUAUGCUAUACUUCAUGCAUUCUUUCUACAGUUGAUGUGGUCUGUCUGUAGCUGUUUGUAUGACAAUCCCACUGAAAAUAAUGCAUGUGUAUUCUCUAUGUCACUUGAAACUGUGUAGAUAUUUCACACUUUUACCAGAAGAUACUGUUAGGUCUGUUUGUUAUGAUCAACAAAUGUUCUUUUGAUAAAGGAAAUAUACCACUAACUACUUUAAUAAGCAGGGAAAACAUGAGAGCUUCCUCAUGGCUGGAGACUCUUUGAUUCUACAAUAGACUUUCUUUUGCAUACUCCUUGGUUGCAACUGGCAUUUGAUGAUUUUCCAGGCUUAAGUGUUAGCAAUAGAAAAUCAGCACUGGAAUUUAUUUAGAAGCUGAGUCUUUUCUGUUAAAUAAGGUUUUGUA